UAAAAUUACCAGUUGCGGCCUGUGGCAGUUAGUAGUGAAAUCAGCACCACGGGUCUUCUGCCUCUUAAUCGAUAGUUUAUAUUUCGUUGGUGGCUGUACCGUCCGUGUAGCGAAAAUUUAAGGACACUCAGUGCGGAUAUUCCCAUAUCUCUGGCGACUACAACACUAAGCAUGGAUGACAUCCAGGUUGUCGAAUCAAAACCUCUGCUUGCUGACAAGGACUUGCAGGGUCUGAGAGAGGCUGUUCAGAAGCUUGCAAUCAAGGAGCACGAUGUGGAGACUCCUCAUGGCCGAAUCCACUGCACCAUGAAGGGAGUACCCAAGGGAGACCGGCCGGUCAUCCUUACCUUCCAUGACAUCGGCCUGAACCACAAAACCUGCUACAGCACCCUGUUCAACCAUGAGGACAUGCAUGAGAUCAUGCAGUACUUUGCCGUCUGCCAUGUUGAUGCACCGGGGCAACAAGAAGGUGCCAACACUUUCUCCACUGGGUAUGAAUACCCUUCAAUGGAUCAAGUGUCUGAGACACUUCCCCUGAUUCUCAAGCAUUUUGGGGUGAAGAGCGUCAUCGGAAUGGGGGUCGGAGCUGGUGCAUAUGUCCUCGCUAAAUUCGCUGUUGAUUACCCACAAUUGGUAGAGGGCUUGGUUCUGAUCAACAUCAACCCAUGUGCUGAGGGAUGGGCGGACUGGGCCGCACACAAGAUCACCGGCUGGACCCAUGCCAUGCCAGACACGCUCAUCACUCAUCUUUUUGGCAAGGAGGAAAUUCAACAAAACCAUGAUCUGAUUGCGACAUACCGCCACCACAUCUUGAAUGACAUGAACCAGUUCAACCUGCACCUCUUUGUCAAAUCCUACAACAGCCGCAGGGAUCUGGAAAUUGAGAGGCCAAUCCCUGGUGGAGCCAUUAACGCCAGAACCCUGAAGUGCCCUUCUCUUCUUGUGGUUGGCGAUAGCUCCCCCGCAGUCGAUGCUGUGGUCGAGUGCAACACCAAAUUGGACCCAACUAAGACCACUAUUCUCAAGAUGUCAGACUGUGGAGGCAUGCCCCAGGUUGACCAGCCUGCCAAACUGACAGAGGCUUGCAAGUACUUCAUUCAGGGCAUGGGCUACAUGCCUGCCGCCAGCAUGACCAGGUUGGUCCGCUCCCGCACAGCAUCUGGCUCCAGCGUCACCUCCUUCGAUGGCAACCGCAGCCGAUCCCACACCAACGAGGGCAACCGGAGCCGCUCACACACCAAUGAGGGCCCCCGCAGCCGCUCACACACAGGCGACCACCAGCGUGUACGCGCCCACACGGAGACCAUGGAGACAACCAACAACAGCACUAUGGACCAGGCCACGCUCAAGUCCGCCGAAGUGUCCUGCUGAAGUGUCGUGUGUGUCCCCCCCCCAACCUGCCCCCACUCUCCUUCACCCUUCCCCUACCCCGUUUUUUGAUUUCUGCUGCACUGCCACUAACCAUCAACCCCCCCCAGGACUGGAUGCCAUGUGUCUGGCUUGACCCCCAAUUGACUCCCACAACACUUCAAGAUGCGGAAAAGAGUCUCUAUGCCAAAGAGUUUUUAUUUUAUUUUAUUUUAUUUUAUUUUGUUUUGUUUUGUAACGGGUUACUCUCUCUUCUAGCGCUAAGCUAAGGGAGAACCCCAUUGUACUGCUGUCAAGGGCUAAACCUCUAGGCCAGGACAGCUCCCUUUGUCUGCCUCUCUGGAGGCGGCGAUUUUGUUGUUGUUAGCGGCAGUGCGGCACAGGGAUGUGGAGAAUGCCUGAGAAAGUUGUGCUUGCGUCACUCAGACGGCACGCAAGCUUGUACAUUUAUCUUCCUCUUUAAUUACCAAUGUACUUUCUUUUGGAUUCUUAUUUUAGCUGACUGUAGUGUGGUGUCGGACAUCACGGCUUUCAUGAUGAUCGGUAAAGGACUGACAUUACUGAUAAUUUGUAUACGUGAUUCAUUUUCUGUAUAUGUAGAAUUGAAACUCUGAAGGGAAAAAAAAGGAGUUGAGCAAGCUUUGGGAAAGUAGCAGUUUCUUCAAUCACUAUUCAACUCUAAGCUGUAAAACUAAACAGACUAAUUUUGUCUCCAUUUGAAAACUAAUGGAAGUAUUUUAUCACUUUUAGGCUAAUUUCCACUGGGGUACAGACAUUCUUAAAGAUCGCUAAACAUUCCUUAUCACUGUCAAUUCUGUUUUGCAAUCAAACCAACUAGACUCCCAGCACAAAUGUCGAUUACCAUUCCUGUUCUCAAUCAAACAAAAACUAAACUUAACGACUGUAGACUGCACAGCUUGCUAUUGUACUAUGUAUACUGAAUUUCCGGAUAAUUGCUUCAGGAAUUGUUUAUAUGUUAAGAAAGUCAUUAUAUGCAUUUCUAUGCAAUCAAGCACAAGAGAACAAAACAAAUGUGCCAUGGAAUCCUUCAUACAGACUUGCUCAUUUUCUAUUUUAUGUUGGUUUGGGAAGAGCAACCGAUAAAGAUCUUGUUGAAAUGGAUUAGUUAGUGAAGUUACUUACCAAGUAUGCACCUCUGUACCUUUUUCUACUUGCACUACAGCAGUACUUGCAAGCUUUGUAGAACACCUACCCAUGUAAAGACAUACAAAAGCCUAAUGCAGAAAAUUGUAUGUAUUUUAAUGGUUUAACAGUUUGUAUUUAUUAAAAAAAUAAAAAAAAAUAUGUAACUACA